AUACCUCACACUGUUUAUCAUUAUAACCAGAGUAGCCGGAAAACAAGAGACAGUGUGUGUAUUCUCUUUCGCAAAUCAAGCAAGGUGAAAAAAAAAUGAUCGUGUUACUGAUUGCUGCAGUUGUAGCUUUGGUUUAUAUUUUUUACCGCAUCAAUAGAAAAGAUGAAACGUUUUGGAAACACAUCUUAGCAAUUCCUGGACCCAAAGCCUAUCCUAUUUUGGGGACGCAGGUUCAUUUUGAGUCUGCAGAGGAUGUUUUUAAAAGAGAUAGGGCCAAUGCUAAGGCAUACCAUCCAAUAUAUCAACAACAUAGUUUACCUUUUGCAAUUGUUAAUCUAAUAGCUCCAGAAGACAUUGAGCUCAUAUUAAACAAUUCAAAACAUAUAGAAAAAGGUGCUUUCUACGAUUUCCUUCACAGUUGGCUUGGAAAUGGGCUAUUAACGAGCAAAGGGGCAAAUUGGCAUAAGAGAAGGAAAAUCUUGACACCUGCGUUCCAUUUUAACAUUUUGCAGGAGUUUGUUGACGUUUUUAACAAAGAAACUAACCACUUAGUAGAACUCUUUAAAUCAAAGUGUGAUCAACCAAUUGACCUUAUCAAACCAGUCACGGAAUUUACUUUGUAUUCUAUUGGUGAAACUUCCCUUGGAAAAGACCUUCGUGAAGAGCCUCACUGUGACGAGUACAAACAAGCAGUAUAUGAGUAUGGAGACAAUUUCGUAUACAGAAUGGUCCGGCCAUGGCUAUUUCCGGAUACGUUCUUCAACUUGACAAAAGUAGGAAGAAGAAAUAAGGAAAUCGUGAAAGUUAUGCAUGAUUUUUCCAAUGGAAUCAUCGCAGAGAGGUAUAAGCUGUUUAAAAAAGAUGGAACUAUGAGUUACUCUGAGAGGAAAAGACUAGCCUUGUUGGAUUUGAUGAUUAAAGCGAAGUAUAAUGGUGCUGAUAUUGAUGAUGUUGGUAUUAGAGAAGAAGUUGAUACGUUUAUUUUAGGCGGUCACGAUACCACCGCCCUUUCUUUAUGUCAUACUUUGAUGCUUUUAGCAAACAACCCGGACAUUCAGGAGGAAAUGUAUCAAGAGGCAAUCUCAAUAGUGGGAGAUCCUAAAAAUCCCACUUAUACCGAAUUAGGAGAAUUGAAAUACAUUGAAAGAUGCAUAAAAGAAAGUUUAAGGUUAUAUCCCAGCGCUCCCAUGAUUUCUAGAAUAGCUGGAGAAGACGUAAAGACCAAAACUGGAUAUACAAUUCCAAAAUCUGCGAUUGUUUCCAUUUGUAUAUACGAUGUUCACCACAGUCCGGAUUAUUACGAAAAUCCAGAGAAGUUUGAUCCUGACCGAUUUUUGCCGGAGAAUAGUUCUUCACGACAUCCUUACGCUUACAUUCCAUUCAGUGCUGGAAGUCGAAACUGUAUAGGUCAAAAAUAUGCAAUGUUGGAGCUGAAAUCUGCUCUGUCCGGUAUACUUUGCAAUUUCAAAUUGGAAGCAGUUACGAAACCUUCAGAUAUUAUCCAUAAAGCUGAUAUAGUGAUGAGACCGUCUAACGAAGUAAAAGUUAGAUUUAUACCAAGAACGCAGAAGAAAUAGUUCUCUGUAGAGCGGAUAAUUGUUCAUCACUUAUUAUUAUUUAUCGUCACUUGUCAUUUCGUAUUAUCACAUAUCAUGACUUAAUAUCACUUAUUAACACUUAUCAUCACUUUUCGUAUUCAGAGAUCUUGUAUAAACGUUGCUUGGAUGGUUGAAUUGUAUAGCAUACAUUUACUUUAUUAUUAAUUUCAUAUGAUAUUAAAAAUAUAAACAUUU